CAACACUGAUCAAGGCCAAGGGUACAGCAGCAGCAGCAGCAGCAGCGGGAUUCGAACCCGACCGACGACUCGAGCCACUGUGCUACCGGAUGAUCCUAUGUAUGUAUUAUUUUUUUUUAAGCGAAAUUAUUAAUACAGUUACACUUGGGGUGUUACUAAAACAUCAAAAAUGAGUUGCGAUCGCAUCAGCAGUGGAAACGCGCAAUGGGAGACACGUGUCCCGCGCAAGUAGGACAGCGCGGGGAAAAAAUGUACCCGUGACGCGCACGUCCCAUGGCUCGUAAUAACUGCGCAGCACUGAUGCGCUAAUAAUACGCGCGGGGAUGGAGCGCAGCGUGACGCGCGCAAUGGCCACCUGCCUGCGCUCGCGCUCGAGCUCAGUCAGUGCUGCGAGCCGCCGUCGCACUGCAGAAGCUCGAGCGGCACACGACGGCCUCUGGUGCUGGAGAGGAGACCACGGUUAAUCCGGAAAAAAAGAAAAAAAAAAAAAAAAAAGUCUUUUCUUCUCCGUUUCCUGCACAGAAGGGGAGUGCUGUCUGUCUGUUUUAAUUAAAGGAAAGUUGCGGGAGCUCCAUUCUUGAGUCAGGUGGGAAAUGAAUAGUGAGUAAGGAGACGAUACAUACGGUCCACAGUACAAGACCGAAAAGUCUAGUCUAGUCUAUCUGGAGAAUUUCGCUAUGGUACCUGCAGUCCUUGUUCCCGAAAGUGUAUCGUAACUGGCAGAAUCAUGAAUGUCACUGAACCGUCCGUUUCAGAAAAAAUACUAGGAACACGGUACUACUGAUUUAAAAAAAAAAAAAGUCAAGGAGGCAGCCGGACCAUUUUUCCAGCCAGCGUUUGGAAGCUGCCCGCGCCGAGCGAGUCUAAGCCGGGUUCCGGGGUUCUUUUCCAAAUUCAACCGUGUGAGUGAGUGGUGUGUUUAAAACAACAAAAAAAAAAAAAAAGAGAGAGAGAAGAAAGGCAGGCAUAAGACUUAGAAGACGGCCUUGGAAGCGAACCAUGCCUCUGGACAUCGGAGGGUUUGGCUACAAGUCCAAGAAAGUGUGCCAAAAGUCCUCGUUCGCCUUCUACCAAGCGGUGCGCGACCUGCUGCCCGUGUGGGCGCUCGAGGACAUGCGGAAAAUGGAGGUCUUUCACUGGGAGGACGACCGGCGUGCGUGCGCGUACACGCCUUCGGAGGCUCUGCUCUACGCGCUCGUGCACGACCACCAGCCCUACGCCAGGUACCUGCUCAACAGGUACUCCGUGGGCGCCCUGGAGAUGCCCAGCAGGAGCUUCUGCUGCUGCCAGUCGUCCAAUACGCCGCACCUCGCCAUGGCCGUCCGCUACAACCGCACCAACAUCCUCAAGAUGAUCCUGGACUCCGCCAAGAGCUUCUCGGAGAAGGAGCGGCGCAACUACGUCAACAGCCAGAGCUGCGUGCACGCGGAAGGCGGCAAGACCGCGCUGCACAUCGCGUGCGACCUGGUGCGCCCGGAGUGCGUGAUGCUGCUGCUCGGCAGCGCCGCUUGUCCCUACGUCACCGACCAGCAGGGGGACACGCCGCUGGACUCCCUCCUGCGCCAGGUGCACCAGAGCAGCGCGGGAGCGCGGACGAAGCACGUUUGCCUCGGCUACCUUAUUCUCUUCAUGCGCGAGUUGUUCCGCUUUCAGAUGCGGCGCGAGCUGCGCGAGAACCCGCGGCCGUGGCGCGCGCUGCUGGGGGAGCAGGCGUUCCAGUGGCUGUCGGGUUCGGCGCCCCCGUCGCUCUUCGUGCUCGCCACGCGGACGCUGAUGACGUCGGUGCCCGGGGAGCAGCUCGACUCGCUCCCUUUGCCGGACUUCCUGAAGCCGCUGGACUUCAGGCUCCGCUGAUCGCAGUGACUCACUGCAGCGUGUGAAAGUUUGUGCGCACUUCCUCCAAGACUGUGUGUGUGUGUGUGUGUCCGUGUGUGUGUCCGGAUUGCCGCGAAGAAUCCACAGAAAUGACACGCCCAGACUAAAAUCUCAUUUCUUGGCGCUUGCGCUGAACAGCACUGCGGUGAUCAUUAAGUACUGUAAAUAAUGUAAGGCUUAAAUAGAGGGGAAAGUUCCCGUUCUGUUCGGACAAUCUUUAUUUUUCAAAACGUUUUCUCGAGUCAUUUUUAAAGUGACACCUUUCGAGUGAUUCUACGUCUGAUGAGUAAUCAGCUUUGCAGUGAUUUCUUCAUGGAUACAGUACUCUUGCGGCAUCAGUUCACAGCAAGUGCCUCCAUCAUUGAGUAACUUCUGAAAACCUGUUUGAACUUUGUAAAAAGUACAUGUAAACAUUCAUGCAGGUGAUCAGUAAAUGUUUUGCUGAACCAAAAAAAAAAAAAGCAUAAAGGAUUUCGGUGUGUCCAGAAAUGAGCUGAGUGGACACUAUACAGAAUGAAUGGACACUCAUUUUUGUGUCCCUUGGCAUGAACUGCUAGUCUGAGAAUUUACUACAGCUUCAUCCUGUAUUCCUCGCACCCUGUAACUGAAAUGGUUGUAAUAUAUAUUAAUAUACAAUAUCAAUAUGGCUGUUGCAUACGUAAGAUGCUUUAACCUUAAAAUAAACAUUGUGGGUAUUUGUAUCGGGCCGUACCCCAGGUGGUUGGGA